UUCUGUCCACUCAAUCCACUUGCGAGCUUUGCGAGCCAUGAACUCUACGCCGGGACCACCCGUGGCACCCGGUACCGUGGAGUUGGCCGGAGGGCCCAAACUCAGCCGAAGCGAAGCGAGGCGACUGAAGGAGGAGGAGGAAGCAGCGCAAGCACGAUCCCUUGCAGAAGCCUGGAGGAUUGGUGGUAAGGCAAAGGUGAACGAGCAAGCGCCGCAGGAGGAAGAUCCCAAGAAAAUAGAGGAGCGAGAGCGGUCCCGCAGCCGGGAGAAGAAGGAGACUUUGCAUAGGCUUGCAAAGACUGCUGCUGAAAAGGCUGCAGCUGCAAAGGCUGCCAUGGAUGCCGAUGCUGAUGGCACAAGCAAUGGUGAAGCGACCGCACCGAAACUCAGCAAGGCAGAAGAAGCAAGGCUUUUGAUGGCAAAGGAGAAGGAGAAGGCUCGCCUGAAGAAGCAAGCUAUGCAGGAAGCCAAAAAAGAGGAGGAAAUGAAGAAGAAGAUGGCUGUUUUGGAAAAGGACCUCAACAAAUCAGACAAGUCCAAGUACAAGCGCUAUUGAGAUAGUCUGGAGCUCGCCUGGAGGCUUUCGAGUGGUGCUGCGUCAGGUCGCAGUGUCAACUCCCAGAAACUGUGCCAAGAAA